UUCCUCCCUCAACCCCAUCCUCUCUAACUACCGGUGAACCAUGAGAGUUACGACCGGUGUCCCGUUCAGGGCCCCUUUAUGGCCUAUAGUCAUCGCAUUAACCGUCUUUGGCAUUGCUAACCUUAUAGCUGUCUCGGCUGAUCCUUAUAUCUAUUCUUCACCACCACCACCAUAUAUGUAUAAGUCUCCACCACCACCGGUGCAUUCACCACCACCACCAUAUCUUUACAAAUCCCCACCACCACCGGUGCAUUCACCACCACCGCCAUAUUUGUACAAGUCUCCACCACCACCGGUGCAUUCACCACCACCACCAUAUAUGUACAAGUCUCCACCACCACCGGUACAUUCACCACCACCACCAUAUUUGUACAAGUCUCCACCACCACCGGUACAUUCACCACCACCACCAUAUUUGUACAAGUCUCCACCACCACCGGUGCAUUCACCACCACCACCAUAUUUGUAUAAAUCUCCACCUCCACCGGUGCAUUCACCACCACCACCAUAUUUGUACAAGUCUCCACCACCACCGGUGCAUUCACCACCACCACCAUAUUUGUACAAGUCUCCACCUCCACCGGUACAUUCACCACCACCGCCAUAUUUGUACAAGUCUCCACCACCGCCAGUUAAGUCACCACCACCACCAUACUACUACAAGUCUCCUCCUCCUCCGGUGCAUUCUCCACCACCACCUUACUACUACAAAUCCCCACCCCCACCAACAAAAUCUCCCCCACACUAUUACUACAGUUCUCCACCACCACCAAAAUCCUACUACCCCGUACCUUACCCUCACCACAAGAAACUCAUCGUAAAGGUCGUGGGCAAAGUUUACUGCUACAGCUGCUAUGACUGGAAAUACCCAAUCCAAUCACACGCCAAGCAUCACCUCAAAGGUGCUGUUGUCGAAAUUACUUGCAAGGCUGUUGGCCAAAAAGAAAUUUUUGCAUUUGGAAAGACUAAGAUCAAUGGCAAAUAUGCAAUUACUGUUGAGGGUUUGGACUAUUCUAAAUAUGGAGGAGCAAAAGCUUGUACCGCUAAGCUUCAUAUGGCACCAAAAGGAACAAAAUGUAAUAUUCCAACAAAUCUUCAUGGUGGCUUGAAGGGUGCCAUGCUAAAGGUCAAAUCCAAGAAUGCUUAUGAGGUUGUCCUUCAGGCUGAACCAUUUGCAUAUGCUCCUAAGACUCCUUCGACGCUUUGUGAGAAGCCAAAACCAAAACCGGAACCCACUCCUUCUCCAUAUUAUUACAAAUCUCCACCACCACCACCACCCACGUACUUGUACAAGUCUCCCCCGCCACCUGUUAAGUCUCAUCCAGUAUAUCACUAUACAUCACCCCCACCCCCUAAGAAAUCACCACCACCUCCAUACCACUACACAUCACCACCACCACCCAAGAAAUCACCACCUCCCCCAUACCAUUACACAUCUCCUCCCCCACCGGUUAAAUCUCCACCACCACCAUACCACUACACUUCCCCUCCACCACCAGUGAAGUCUCCUCCCAAGUACCACUAUACAUCACCCCCACCACCUAAGAAAUCACCACCUCCUCCAUACUACUACAAAUCACCUCCACCACCAGUUAAGUCUCCACCCCCACCUUACCAUUACACUUCACCACCACCACCAGUGAAAUCUCCACCACCACCAUACCAUUACACUUCACCACCACCACCGGUGAAGUCACCACCCCCACCUUAUCACUACACAUCACCUCCACCACCAGUGAAAUCUCCGCCACCACCAUACCACUACACAUCACCUCCACCUCCUAUUAAGUCACCACCUCCUCCAUACCACUAUACAUCACCUCCACCACCAGUGAAAUCUCCUCCUCCACCAUAUCACUACACUUCACCACCCCCACCCGUGAAAUCUCCACCACCACCAUACCAUUACACUUCACCUCCCCCACCCGUAAAAUCCCCUCCACCACCUUACCAUUAUUCAUCACCACCACCACCAUUGAAAUCUCCACCCCCACCAUACCACUACAGUUCACCUCCUCCACCGGUAAAAUCCCCACCACCACCAUACCACUACACAUCACCCCCACCCCCUGUGAAAUCUCCACCACCCCCAUACCACUACACCUCACCUCCACCACCAAUUAAGUCACCACCACCACCAUAUCACUAUACAUCACCACCACCACCAGUUAAAUCCCCACCACCACCUUACCAUUAUACAUCACCUCCACCACCUGUGAAAUCUCCACCUCCUCCAUACCAUUACACCUCACCACCACCACCAGUUAAGUCCCCACCACCACCAUACCACUACACCUCACCUCCACCACCAACUAAGUCCCCGCCACCACCAUACCACUACACAUCGCCUCCUCCACCAGUUAAAUCACCACCACCACCUUACCAUUACUCUUCACCUCCACCACCAGUUAAGUCCCCACCACCACCAUACCACUACACAUCGCCUCCUCCACCAGUUAAAUCACCACCGCCACCUUACCAUUACUCUUCACCUCCACCACCAGUCAAGUCCCCACCACCACCAUACCACUACACUUCACCUCCACCACCAGUUAAAUCCCCACCUCCACCGUACCACUACACAUCUCCCCCACCACCAGUUAAGUCCCCACCUCCACCAUACCACUACACAUCACCUCCACCACCCGUGAAAUCUCCACCACCUCCAUACCAUUACACAUCACCCCCACCACCAGUUAAGUCACCACCCCCUCCAUACCACUAUAUAUCUCCCCCUCCACCAGUAAAAUCACCUCACUCGCCCGUAUACAUCUAUGGUUCUCCUCCACCCCCAACUAAUUAUUAGACACCCAUAACUUUGUUGUUUGCAAGAUACAACCAUGUUUUAUUUUGAGUACGGGUUUAAUAAAGAAGGCUCCUCAAGGAGAUGUUUGAAAAAGUUGUUCAUCGACAUCCAUUCCAUUGUAAUAAGGUCUUAAACAUUGCACUUCACAUCAUCAAUCUUUUUGUUACAACCAUUUCUUUUCUACAUCGUCGUUAUGGGUCAUCCUAUCCUUAAAAAAGAGCUCGAAGGGUUACAUAUUGGAAAUGUAAAAAAAUACAAUUUGUUAUCGCCGGAAGAGGUUGAUAAGAGUGUUGUGGCUUUAAUAUUUUUCUUUUCAUGUUUCUUAUUUAUAUUGUAUAAAUGGAUAACUUAUGGUUAUUUUAUAUUUAUAUAUUAUUGGUUUAAUCUUCUCA